UUGUCGUAGUCCUCCCCCGGGUAGGCCAUGUUGGCGGCGCGGCAGGAAGGAGCGACGAGGCCGCGCAGCCCGGCUGAGGCGACAGGCAGCGCGCACUCCGAUUGGUUGAGCCAACUGCCCUGUCUUAAAUUCCUCUCUCUGAUUGGAUGCGCCACCUGCCCAUCAUCCCCUCGCAGCUCCCGCCUCCCCGCUGCUGUGCUUCCCAUUGGCCGAGCCGAGCCGUUGCCAUGGCAACGCGCUAGUCCCGCCCCUCGGCGGCCCGUGAGGCGAUGGAGGAGGGCGGCGGUGGCGGCGGCGCCUCAGGGCCGGCAGCGGGGCCAGGCCCGGCCAUGGCGGCGGGGGGGCGGCCCGCUGGGCUGCCUGCACGUCCUGUGGCAGCGGGAUGAACCCGCCGGCAAGAUCCCGGCCCGCCGCCUGCGCAGGGCUGCCCGCCUGCACCGCCGCCUGGGGCCUACGGGCAAGGAGAGCCACGCGCUGAAGAGGCUGCGGGAAGCCGCCAACGGGAACGAUUUGGAUACAGUGCAGCAACUCCUGGAGGAUGGAGCCGACCCCUGCGCCGCGGACGACAAAGGCCGGACAGCCCUGCACUUCGCCUCCUGCAACGGCAACGACCACAUCGUGCAACUGCUUCUGGACCACGGCGCUGACCCAAACCAGAGGGACGGGCUGGGGAACACUCCCUUACACCUGGCUGCCUGCACGAACCACGUUCCCGUCAUCACCACGCUGCUGCGCGGAGGGGCCAGAGUCGACGCCUUGGAUCGGGCUGGCAGAACCCCGCUGCACCUCGCUAAAUCCAAGCUCAACAUCCUGCAGGAAGGGCUCUCCCACAGCCUGGAGGCCGUACGCCUCGAAGUGAAACAGAUCAUCCAGAUGUUGCGGGAAUACCUGGACCGCCUGGGGAGGCAUGAGCAGAAGGAACAGCUGGACGACCUCUGCUCCAAGUUACAGAUGACCAGCACAAAGGAGCAGGUGGAUGAGGUUACGGACCUCCUCGCCAGCUUCACCUCGCUCAGCCUGCAGAUGCAGAAGAUGGAGAAGAGGUAACGGGGCUGCUGGCCCAGGAGGAGAAGCCUCAGAGAAGAAGGCGCAGACUUCGCAGGCUGAUGAAUGAACGUUUUUGCCCCGGCUCUUCCUGCCGGAUCCGCGCUCUGGCUGGUGCUCAGACUGUCCCCGUGGCCCCACGGCUGCCUCACGGGGAGGCAGCGGGAUUUGGACAGCAGAGUUCUGCGGACUGAGACUUUAGGGGAAGGAAAAAAAAAACAAAAGAAGAGUCGUUCUUUGGAUCAGAGGGGCUGGAACUGAAUAGGAUACCCCUCUCGGAGGUAUUCUGCCUUGUCCUAAGCACUUCAGCUCAACGCAGGCGGUGGCUGAUGCCACGAGCAGUCACCAGCCAGCCCAGCUCGCUGCUGGCCACCGUCACAGAGCUGCCUGGAGCAGGCAUCUUCUGCCACCACCGCAGCACCAAAAAGCAUGGGGGGGUGGGAAGCGGGCACCCCGGACAGCAGAAGGCUUUGUGCUGGGAGAAUUACAUGCACUUUAUUCUGCAUGGUAGCAGCUGAGCAAACACACCGCCUUCAGAAACGCGCAGCCAAGCUUAAUCCUGACUGUCCCCAGGGCCUGCAGACAGAGGGCAGAGAGAAUCGGGCCGGUUAGGAAUGGGAUACGAAGCUUUUAAGCAAACUAACAGCUUCCUCCGGGCACCGUUUAUAAAGCACUGCUGAAAGUUAAUGCUUAAAUUAACGAAUCACUUGUGAAAGUUACCCAGGUAGGCAGUCCGUGGGUCAGGGUUGCCCCGGCGCAAAGAUAAGGAUUAGGGGCUGACUCAAUGUUAGUGCGGUUUUAGGCAGCCACGCUGUAAAAAAUCAAAACAAACCAAACCGACACAAACCCACUGCAACUGACUUUUCUGUUUCCUGCUACUGGAAGACUGUUUUCUCUAACGGCUGGCCUCCUGUCUAGGAAAAGGGCAGCUGGAGCUCCAAGCUGAGAUACCAGAACACGCAGUAGCUUUUAGAUGGGGUCACGCGUUGGUGCUGGAAGCCACGGUUAGGACAGCGUUGUGGCAGGGCUGGAGCCGUCACUGUGAAUAAGGUUACUUGGUUAGGGAUUGCUGGAUGGGAAGGGUGGGAGACAAUCUGACCUUUUUGUAUGUUGAACUUCAAUAAAAUCCCGUUGGCCUUUU